UUUAUGAAUAAUUUUACAUUCUUGUUUUUACAGAUACUUUUCCAUUAUGGAUUCACAAACUUUGUCGAAUGACAAAUAUCCGGCAAACUCCAUAAAGGAGAUUCAGGAUGGAUUAUUCAUUAAUGGUGGGCACAAAGUGGCCAAUGGACAGAAAAAUGGUGAUUUACACAUUCAAGAAAUGGAUCGAUACUGUGAUGGAUUGAAAUCGUUAGACGAUCGACGUUCUUAUACGUGUGGUCUAUGGUCCUUCAAACCGAACUGGCUUCAAAGAUUCGCUAAUAAGAAAGCGUUUCUAGCAAUAUUUUGUUUGACUAGUGUAUUGCAAGGGAUGUAUUAUACUUAUUUCGUCAGUGUUUUAACAACAAUCGAAAAACUGUACCAGAUUCAAAGCAAAACUACAGGAAUUAUCAUGUCUGCGACAGAGAUUGGACAGAUCGGUGGGGCACUUCUAUUAACCUAUUAUGGAGGACAAGGUCACCGCCCAAAAUGGAUAGCCUGUGGAAUGAUCGUAUUUGCAAUUGCUUCUAUACUCUGUUCUACUCCACAUUUUUUAUUUGCAGACGUAACUCAGAACAGAUAUGUAAAGAAUUCCAGUUCAGCAAAUUUAUUAGAAUUAAAAUCAAAACUUUGUAAUUCGAAGCAUUUGCAAAAUAACACAGAAUCGAACUAUCAUUUGAAUAAUACAUACUUAAAUAACAGUUCUGUGACGGUUUUAAAUUCAUUAGUUACUCUUUCGUUAGUUGAAACGGAAUAUAGUGAAGUAUCCACAACGUCUUCGAAUGAAGUUUCAAUAACGAAAAAUGAAAUGAGUAGUAACAACAAAUGUUUAGCUUCUAAUAAAGCGGGUAAUUUAGCACAUACGGUUUUGACUAUAUUCUUCGUUAGUCUAUUAUUGAUUGGAAUAGGCGCAACGACCGUUUAUACUUUAGGUAUUCCUUAUAUUGACGAUAACGUCGCUACCAGAGAAUCUCCCCUUUAUUUUGGUAUUACUAUUGGUGUAAGAAUAUUUGGACCAGUUUUUGGCUUCUUACUCGGUUCAUUUUGUACUAGCAUCUAUGUCAAUUUCCCUUUCGAAAGCCCUGGUAUAUCAAAUAACGAUCCUCAAUGGAUAGGAGCUUGGUGGUUAGGUGUUUUCAUUGUAGGAGCAGCUCUCAUAAUUACAUCAUUUCCAAUGAUGGCUUUUCCUAGAAAGCUGCCACAGACUCACCACAUUCACCACGAAGUAACAAUUCAUGCUAAUGGAAGUGCCAAUGGUAAUGUUUGCAACAAAUCUCCUAAUCCAUAUGUUAGCAAAAAAUCCGCAGAGAGACCGAGUUUGAGAGAUUUUCCAACUGCUAUGAGAAGAUUGUUGAGAAACGAUAUAUUGUUAUGUCGUACAGCGAGCAGCGUGUUACAUAUCUUACCCAUUGCAGGUCUUUAUACCUUCCUCCCAAAAUAUCUGGAGAGCCAAUUUCAAUUAACUGCCACCACUGCAAACAUGAUAUCUGGCAUGGCCGGAAUACUUGUUAUGGGUGUUGGAAUCUUUGCUAGUGGUUCUUUUAUGAGAAAAUUCAAACCAAAUGCACAAUUCGUAGCCAGGUGGAUAGCUGCAGCAGCUCUUGCUUAUGCAAUUGGCAUGUUUAUAUUGAUGUGGUUGGGCUGCCCUCUUAACAGCUAUGUUGGACUGAAUGUUGAAAGCUCUACGAUAAAAAACGAGCAGAUAUCUUGCAACGUUACUUGUGAAUGCAGGUCUGGAGAAUUUGCACCGAUUUGUACCAGUGAUGGUGUAACUUUUUUAUCUCCCUGUUUAGCUGGUUGUACAACGGUAAAAGGUGUUCGCAGCGAACAAUAUUAUUAUGGAGAAUGUUACUGCCUGGGUCCAAAUGUCACAGCCACAAAUGGUUUUUGUCCUUUAAAAUGUGACAACCUUAUAUGGUACAUCAUCAUAUUUUCUGUAUUUGUUCUCAUACAUUCCACAUCUGAAGUCGGAUCUAUGCUUCUUACGUUGAGAUGUGUCGAUCCUCAAGACAAGGCUAUGGCAUUGGGACUUAUAUCAUUUGCCAUCGGAUUAUUUGGUACGUAUACAUUACAACUUUCAUUUUGUACGAUUAAUUAUAAUAUUAGCAUGGCCGGAAUACUUGUUAUGGGUGUUGGAAUCUUUGCUAGUGGUUCUUUUAUGAGAAAAUUCAAACCAAAUGCACAAUUCGUAGCCAGGUGGAUAGCUGCAGCAGCUCUUGCUUAUGCAAUUGGCAUGUUUAUAUUGAUGUGGUUGGGCUGCCCUCUUAACAGCUAUGUUGGACUGAAUGUUGAAAGCUCUACGAUAAAAAACGAGCAGAUAUCUUGCAACGUUACUUGUGAAUGCAGGUCUGGAGAAUUUGCACCGAUUUGUACCAGUGAUGGUGUAACUUUUUUAUCUCCCUGUUUAGCUGGUUGUACAACGGUAAAAGGUGUUCGCAGCGAACAAUAUUAUUAUGGAGAAUGUUACUGCCUGGGUCCAAAUGUCACAGCCACAAAUGGUUUUUGUCCUUUAAAAUGUGACAACCUUAUAUGGUACAUCAUCAUAUUUUCUGUAUUUGUUCUCAUACAUUCCACAUCUGAAGUCGGAUCUAUGCUUCUUACGUUGAGAUGUGUCGAUCCUCAAGACAAGGCUAUGGCAUUGGGACUUAUAUCAUUUGCCAUCGGAUUAUUUGGUAAUGUGCCUUGCCCUAUUAUUUAUGGUGCUGUUGUAGAUUCUGCCUGCCUAUUCUGGGAGAAUAACUGUGGAGAACUAGGAGCGUGUCGAGUAUACGAUCCAGCCAAAUUCCGUAUGGUCUUCCAUGGAGUGACGGCAGUAAUCAUGAUGGUGGCAUUCUGUGUUGAUAUAGCUGUGUGCAUCAAAGCAAAAUCUAUUCAUUUUAAUGAAGACGAUGAUGAAACCGACGAUGCUGAAGAAACAGUACCGAUGAACAAUGUCCAAUCGAGAUAUUUUCAGUUUUGGAAGAGAUUCAGUACUAAAGCUAUGCAUAAUAACGUUAAAUCUGCAAAUUUGAAUCAUAAUUUUACACUGGUACCUGAAAAGGAAGUUUCGGAAAAUGGCGAAGAUACUAAAUGUGGGAUUGGUAGUUGCAAACCGAAUUGGAUACAGAAACUCGCAAAUCCAAAAAUAUAUUUAGUGAAUUUUUGUAUAUUGGGUGUUCUUCAAGGCGCUUAUUUUACAUAUUUUGUUGGUGUCGUUACUACUUUAGAAAAGAGAUAUGCUUUCGAAAGUAAAGUAAGUGGAGUUAUUAUGAUCGCAGAUAAUAUAAGCCCUAUUAUAAUUAGUUUGUUAAUUGGAUAUUUUGGGGGGAAAGCUCAUAGACCUCGAUGGAUCGCUAGUGGUAUGCUGAUAGUCAUAAUAAGUUGUUUUCUAAGUGCACUUCCAUAUUUUAUUUAUGGACCGGCUACCCAUUUGUUAACCAAGUCCGAAUUGUUGGAAAAACCUAAACACGAAUUCUGUAAUUCUGUCAAUAGAAUAGAUUGUGAGGAUGCUAAACUUUCGGCAACUAUACCUGCUGUAUCCAUAUUUUUUGUUGCAAGUUUUAUCAAUGGAUUUGGUUAUACGGCAUUUUAUACCAUUGGAACACCCUAUCUGGAUGAUAAUGUUAAAAAGAAGAACUCGCCUUUAUAUUUUAGUGCAAUGUUCGCUUUGAGAAUUUUCGGCCCAUCUCUAGGAUUUCUAUUAUCUUCUUUUUGCCUGAGAUAUUAUGAAAAUCCAUUUUAUGAUCCAGGAUUUUCCCAUAAUGAUCCAAGAUGGAUUGGAGCUUGGUGGAUCGGUUUUCUAAUAUUAGGAGUUCUUCUUCUUGUAGUUAGUAUCCCUAUGUUUAUGUUUCCCAGAGUAUUACCCGGAUCACCAGAAUCAACCAAACAGGAAAUUGCAAAAAAUACAAAGCUACCAAAAUUUAAAGAUAUGCCCGCAGCUUUGAUGAAAUUAAUUAAAAACAAAAUAUUAGUUUGUGUGAUCAUAGCAGCAACGUUACAAAUUAAUGGACACUUAGGGUAUUUCGUUUUCAUGCCGAAAUAUAUGGAAUCUCAGUAUCGACAAUCAGCAUCUAGCGCGAGUCUUUUCUCAGGAUCGACUAGCAUUAUUGCUAUGGUAAUAGGAAUAUUACUAGGAGGUGCAGUUAUAAGGAAAUUUCAACCAAGAGCUCGUUAUCUAACAGCAUAUAUGAUAUUUGUUGAUAUUUUUGCCAUGUUUGGUCUACUUAUUAACAUGUUAAUCGGAUGUUCACCACCUACGAUGAGUGGCACUACACAAAUUAAUAAAGAGAUCGAACUUUAUAACGAAUGCAACGCUAAUUGUGGUUGCACCCGCCAUAUAUUUGAACCCGUUUGUGGAUAUGACAAUCAGUCGACUUUCUUUUCUCCUUGUUUCGCGGGAUGUACUGGAAUUAAUGACACAUUAGGGUCAAAUGUAAGUACAGAAUUGAUUAAUUGAAUUUACUCAUAAUACUUUCUAAAUCUAAGACUCUAAAUUUUGUUACAGAUAUUUACAAAUUGUAGUUGUGCUUACAAUAGUUCUGGUUAUCUACCAUCUCGAAUUGAAAAUGUCAAUGGAGGGUACUGUUUUCUAGACUGCAAUAUGUUCCUUCCAUAUAUUAUAAUAUUAAGUUUUAGUAAGUUUAUAGCUUCUACGGGUCGAGUUGGAAGUGCUAUAAUUACUUUGAGAUGUGUGAAUCCAGAAGAAAAAAGUUUUGCCUUGGGAGCUAUGGGAACAAUAUUGUCAGCAUUUGCAUUUAUUCCAUAUCCGUUAAUUUAUGGUGCCUUAACGGACGAAGCUUGUGUGGUAUGGGAAGAGAGUUGUGGUAAAACUGGUAAUUGUUGGUUAUACGAUACUAAAAAAUUCAGGUAUUAUCUUCACGGAGCCACUAUAUUAUUAAAUGGAGGUGGCAUAAUAUUCCAUAUUGCUAUUUUCUUUAUGAGUGAUAGACUUAGAGAUUUAUAUAAUGAUGAAGAGAAAGAAAAUGAAAUUAAUAAAGAAAAUGACAUUGCUGUACCAGCGCUUAUGAAUCCAGACCUGAAAAGGUCCUUAAUUGAUAUGAGAACAACGGUUUAAUGUAUGAUAUUUAAGAUAUUUUAUUUUUUACUUCGAGAUAGUCUUUCCAAUGUAAAUAAAUAAAUAUAUAGGCCUAUAUAAAAGUUAUUUUUUGAGAUUCGUCUUGUACCAUUUUAAAAGUUGUGUAUUUGACUCACAUAGAAAAAUAUCCCUAAAUACUAUGGAAUCAAGAAAUUUUUAAGGAUAUUUUUUUCAUAUAAUAAUAAGUGUAAAUUCAUACGAAAUUGUA